AGUCAAGCUCGAUCAGUGAGAUGGAACAAGUUUGUCUACGAGAUACGAAGAGAGGACGAACUUCGCAAUCCGAUCAAUCCAUUCCAUCCGCCCGAUGUUGACCAGCCGGAUUGGAUAUAAACUGGGAGCGAAAUCAGGCCUGACAGUGCGACCGAGAGUAGUCCUGAAUGAGCGAAGAUAUCCAGCCAGAUAUUCGACGAUAGAGAAGACGGAUGAUCGACAAAUCCUCGCCUCGAUCGAGGGAGGACUGAAGAGUGGGCCAGCAGAGCCGAUGCCAGAAGAUGCCAAAGGGCAAGCCGUCUCGGCCUUUCGACGGAUCGGAUUAGUGCUGAGGGCGGUUGUCUAUGGCGGGCUUGGCUUGGGCAUCAGUGCGACCGUCGGCUUCUUCGGCCUCCAUCUCUGGGUCGAACAUCUCGAACUCCCGCGCCCUGCUCAAGAAUCGAUCAAGGAGGAGGAUCGCUGGUAUGGAUGGGACGACCAGAUCGAGGGCUGGAGUGGAGCACAUCUCGGCAAAGGCACAGACCCUCGACUUGGAUGGCGGAUCCGAGCCCUCAUUCGGGCCGCGUGGGUCGCCGAGAAUUGGCAGUCCGGACAACUCGCAGUCGACGCUGAUCAACCUGAUCAUCAUCAUCUCACAGACGGUCGCUUGAUCGACUCGGCCUAUGCAAUCUCGCAAUCUCGUCUUCAACAGGCUAUCCUGAUGGCCAAAGAGGCUGGCUUGACACUCGAAGAUCGCUCCCUAUUCGAACUGCAACUUCGUCUCGCACACAUCUGUCAACGAAUCAACACCCCAACAAGUCUGCUGAAAUCGUAUGAGAUCUACUCUCAGCUCUGGACAUCAUGUGUGGAUUCGAUCGAUCGAUUCGACCCCCCGGGUCAGACCUCGAAGGACUGGCCAGUCCGUCAAGCCAUUCGGAUUGCCGAUCAUCUGGCACAAAUCGGGCUCAAGAUUGCCGCUCUGGAACGACCAGUCGAUGAAUCCCGCGCGACCUUCCAUCAGCAAGCCGCCGAAAACUAUCUAGUCUGGGCGGUCACACGGGGCCUAGGGAUUGAACCAAGCCUUGAACACCCUGUAGGAUUGCAAUCCGUCGCUCAAUCUCAAGCCUCAAAACCUUCGGUCUGGUCAACCGUGUUCGGCCAACUGGAUCGACAAGCCGCCAAGUCUGGUGAUUCUUCUCCUGUCAACAGCGCAUUGGAUUCCCAUCUCGAACCGAUCUCACAACAACUACGAACCUUAUCUGGCCUACCUACGACGUCUGAGCCAGCUUUCAAACCCGCGCUCUUGCGGCAGACGAUCUCCUCUCUUCUGGACCUCUCUGUUCAUCUGGUCUCAGUGGACAUGCAAAAGGCCCUUGCGAUCCAGGAUCUGAUCGAUCAAUUCGUGAGCUCGGCCAUCAAAACCCAGGAGGAUCAAAGCAGUCACUCUGCCGAUGCUCGGCUGCACUACCAUUGGUUGGGGAGUCGGGCGGCUCUAUCGGCGGUAUAUCUUUCGGAGAUCGGACAAGCUGUCAAGCAGAUGACUGAUCGAGCCAUCGUCGACCGAUGUCGACAUGCGCUUGAAAUUGCGGACUCGACCCUAUCUAGUCUGGAGAGAGACGUCGGCUCGUCCGACGUCUUUCAACCGGGACUCAUCCGAUCAUGGUCCGGUCGAUUAUCAGAGCCACUCGAAAGUCUCAGACGGGACGUCCGCCUCACCGCUUCCAUGGCCUCGACCUUCUUGGGCCUGAAAUACGAAACGUGUCCUUCCAAAUCUUCCCUCCUCAAAUCGGCCCAUCUCCAGUCGAGCUUCGAUUGGUGCUAUCUCCCUCAGUCUGAUCAUCAGGCCGCUCAAACUGGAUGUCAAGUAGCUAAACUAUUCUUCCAACGUGCCGUCGACUAUUCUCUCGGAACCGCGGAUCCUAAAGCUCGUCAUCAUCAACCUUUAGUAUUACUUGAGCCUUUGAAUGAAAACCUUGACCAUCUCUCGAGGAUCGAAAACUUGUCCGAAAACUCUUGAUCUUCGCUCUCAAUGUGAUUUCUUUUGUUCUUUGAAGUCUGUCUUCACUUGCACAUAUCCCGCAUUUAUUUACGCCAGUAUUUUAUUCCCAUUUACCCAAAAUUAUAUCUGCUUUGAGGUUUUAGUAAGCUUACCGUCGCAAGAAACAAUUAGAGUCAGACUCCCUUGGGAGAUCCAAUUUGAUUGUACUGAGAACACGGGCCCAUAGAAUUUGACGGUAAUGGGGCUAACCAGUGAUUCAAUGAGAACCUCAAGCACUCAAA